UUCAACCACUAAAACUACAUUUUUCUGCUCAGGAAUGCAAAUAAACAUCUAUAAUCUGACAUCUUAAUCCAGAAAUAAUCAUGAGCUUUACUGUUUUUUUUUUCUGUUUUAGCAUUAAAAACAUCAUUUGGGUUAAAGAUCUUCUACCUGCUGGUAUAUUAACCAUUACAGAGACAUAAGAGAUGAUUUAGAUCCGCUGCUGUUCGACGCCGUAGGUGCUUAUCAGAGGAAAAACUUCUGCAAACAGCUGGAAGCGACGAACUGAAGCUCAGUCGACGCUUUGUGGGGAGAAAAACCAAAGCAGACUGCAUUCAUUCAUCGGUCGGCCGCCGCCCGGACAUGACCGCCGUCUGAACCGACAGCCGAGGCGUCACAGCGGCGGGAUCCUUCAGCCAGCCCACCCACCUCCUCCAUGCCACUCUGAGGAGGAACAGCUCAACCUGAGUACAAGUUCGGCCGUUUGUUUCUCUUCUUUUCGCCAUGGGGGGAGCUGUGAGCGCCGGGGAGGACAACGACGACCUCAUCGAUAACCUGAAGGAGGCUCAGUACAUCCGCACAGAAAAGGUUGAGCAGGCUUUUCGGGCCAUCGACCGCGGAGACUACUACCUGGACGGCUAUCGGGACAGUGCCUACAAAGACUUGGCGUGGAAGCAUGGAAACAUACACCUGUCUGCUCCGUGCAUAUACUCCGAGGUGAUGGAGGCCCUCAAGCUGCAGCCCGGACUUUCUUUCCUCAACCUGGGCAGCGGAACCGGCUACCUGAGCACAAUGGUCGGCCUCAUCAUAGGACCCUUCGGUGUGAACCACGGAGUCGAGCUCCACAAGGAUGUCGUCGAAUAUGCCAGAGAGAAGCUGGACGACUUCAUAAAGAACAGCGACAGCUUUGACAAGUUUGAGUUCUGUGAACCUGUCUUUGUGGUGGGGAAUUGCCUUGAAAUCUCAACAGACAGUCACCAAUACGAUCGCAUUUACUGCGGCGCCGGAGUGCAGAAGGACCAUGAAAAUUACAUGAAAGUGCUGCUCAAGAUUGGAGGCAUUCUGGUGAUGCCUAUAGAGGAUCAGCUGACCCAGAUAACCAGGACUGGCCAGUGCACAUGGGAGAGCAAAAACAUCUUGGCGGUGUCCUUUGCCCCCUUGGCCCAGCAGAGCCGAGCUGACGGAGAGAAGCCCGACACUGUCCAGCUGCCCCCAGUGACUGUCCGCAGCCUUCAGGAUCUGUCUCGGAUCUACAUCCGCCGCACCCUCCGAAACCUGGCCAACGAGGACAGCCAGGGGAAGGGCACGGUGCAGAGAGUCCCCCAGAAGCGCAAACGCAGGCGCUGCCGGCGGCGACGCAUCAACACGUACGUUUUUGUAGGAAACCAGCUGAUCCCCCAAAUGGUGGAGAGCGAAGAGGAGGAGCACGCCGAGGAGGAGCACAAGGAGGUGGAGGAGGAGGAGGAGGAGAGAGACAUUGGCGACAUUGAAAUCCUCAAGCAAGUGAACGUGUUGAGAGACCAAAUCAUGGCCCUGCCGCUGCCCGAGUCCCUGAAAGCGUAUUUGCUGUAUUACAGAGAGAAGUGACUGAUUCGCUCGGUGUCCGUUCUGAACGGGUGCGGCGCCUGCUGAGAUGCUUUUCUUCACCUUUUUUCAGUACAAAUGUAGCAUUAUUUCCAUUUAAUCUUGAUGGCAAAACUGUACCAGAAAGAGACGUCAUAGAUAAUACUGGAUAAUAAUGUUACGAUUGUCAUGAGUGUUAAGUUUUUGUUGACAUUUUCUUUUGAUUUGUAUACCGAAGAAAAAAGGAAAAAAAAAAACAACAACAAACAACCGUGUAAAAAGUAAACUAAAUGGACAUAGUUUCAGAAAACCAGUUUUGAGAUUCAGAUUUUAUCAGGAUUUCUGCAGAAGUGUGCAGAUUAAAAAAGAAAUUGUACAAAAAAAAAAGAAGAAAAGUUCGUACUAUAUUUGUUAAAAUAUGAUCGUGCUAAGAUGAAGACUUUUAUUGCACCUUUUUUAGAAGCUUUAACUUACGAUCAGUGUCUGAUGCUGAUUAAACGACGCUGAAAGGAGCAAAAAAAUAAAAAACGAAAGGCAAAUAAGGCCACACUCUCCCAUUCUGAGUUAACGAGUAAGACAUUCUUGCAUAAUCAUGAGCACGGCACUUGUGUCAUUACUCUUCCUUUCAGGUCGGCGUGUUUUAUACCUUCCUCUUACAAGAUGAUCGCUGAGAGACGAGAUCGGUUCAUGGUUUUUUUCUACCGAGCACCUUUUAAUGUAACUUUUUCUACGGGGUGCUGACAUUCUUGUGUUUUUCUUUUUCUCACUCUUGAGUAGCUGACUUGAUAUAUAUGAUAAGAUGUCGUGAGCCCAUCUCCUUCUCCGUGGUUUCUCUCCCGUUGUGCAUAUAUUAUAUUAGUUUAAAUCAUAUCAAGAGGUUUUAAAACGUCGAGGAAAUGCAGGCGUUUGUGGGCGGCUUUCGGCUUUCUGUUUUUUUUCCGAGGGAACCGGUGAAGGGGAGACGUUAAGUCAGAUAUGAGUACAUGCAUGAAUAUAUCGUAUAUGUCCUGGGUGUUCCUGACUUUGCUUCACGUUGUACGACCGGUCGCUGGAGGUGAUGUUCCAAGUGAUCCAGUCUUUUUUGUUUUUUAAAAAAAAAAAAAAAAAAACAACAAAAAACACAAAGGAAUUAAUCGAUUAGAAGGCCUUGGGAUAAACCUCGAGGUCUGUAUAGUACUGCAUUUCUUUUUUUUUUUAGACUUAAACAAUGCAAAAUCAGAAUCGUUGAGGAUUUUGACGCCUUUUUUUUACUGUGGACUAUAGAAGCGUCCAGCGAAGCACCUUAAUCUGCAGUCCUCAAGUGGAAAUAAACAAAAAAAAAGGUGCCACUUUUUUUGGCUUAAUUGUGGACUGGACUUAUUGUAAAUGUAAAAUCUUGUUUAAAGACAAUUUGCUUGCAGAAACUUCCCUGACAGUGAUGGCUUCUAAGUGCCAACGUACCCCAUCACGUUUAGGGGUUUUCUGCGAGUUUCCUGGCACACGAAAUUCACCCAAACGAUGGUAUAUUUCUACAAAAAACAAAAAAAAAAACAUUCCACGAUGAGAAAAAAAAGAAAACAGCACAUCACCGAUCGGAUAGGUCGCACCUUUUCUUCACGCUUUACCGUCGCACGGUCGGAAAGUUCUCUCAUCUUACUUUGAAUGCAUACUUUAGUACUCGAGAAGCUGAGUUGAAUGUUGUUGAUAUUAAUUCUACUCGAUAUAAAAGUGAUAAAUAUGUGUUGUUCUCAUGAUUCUGCAUACGGUUUAAUUUGCAGUCGGUUUGUCGUAGCGCCCUCUUGCUGUACUGUAUCUUUGACACUGGGAACUCUGUAGAUCAAAAAAAACUCCACUGCUGUCUGUUGAAUAGGUAAAAGAUAUAUUAGUGCUAUAGGUCUUCAUUUUGUUCUGGUGUAAUGAAAAAAAAAUAAUGUUUUGUUUGAAAGCGGGGCUGAUUAUUCUAUUAGUAGUUUUUUUUUUUUUGUUGUGUGUGUGUGUGAAGAGGUAACAUUUAUUUUCUGUAAGGUUUUUUUGUUUGUUUUGUUUAUUAUUUUAUUUUUAUUUUUACAUCCAUUGCAGAGCUUUGCAAGUAAGCAAUAAUGGAAUAAUUUCUCAGCUUAUAAUUACCAAUAACAACAUAGUCCCAUUUGAUUUGCAGUAGCACCCAUUAAAAUUCACAUGACCAAUUACAGCCAUGCAACAGUUUAUAUAACAUUAUCUGGAAUGUAAUUGCUAAUUAGAGAGCGCAUUAAGUAUUGAAAGCAGGGGACCUACAACCUCGACUCUCAGGUCUCGCCUUGCACCAAAGUUAAUGGGACUGCUGUGAUUACAUUUAAUGUGGACGAGAUCCGACUAAACAAACGGCGCCCGGUAAAUACCAAGUCAUCGCUAAUCCUGAGCUCUUAUAAUAAGUUAAUUUGUUGAGAGCCGUUCCCGUCCUGUUUAUCAGGCCUUGGUUGAUUUCUCAUAGUGUGUGCGGUUCAUUUUUUGAAAAUGUGUUGUUUCUCCGUAAAUGUUUGGCACAAAAAAAACAAAAAUAAAGGUCACAAUCACA